UGUCGCAUCUUCUUCUCUGAAAUCGAAAGAGAACGAGGCGAGUGAUUGAUGACACGUGACACUUUUCCUCCUCAGACUUGAUCAGACUGGAGUUCUGGUGAAAUCCAAAGCGCGGCGUCAGCGCUCCAUGACGCGGGGAAGGAAACCGGAGCGCGCAGUUGUUGAUGUUGGAGAAAGCACGCGGCGAUUUAUCGGAAGCUCGUCCACAGCCACAGUGUUAACUUGUCCCGCAGAGGAAGACUGAGGAGGAUGAGGAGGACGAUGAUGAUGAUGAUGAUGACACAGGGUUGGAGACAAUGAGAUGGACACAGACAGAGAUGACAUGGCUUUAUUCCUCUGAGGGUCCCGCAGCAGAACAUGAUAAAUGAUGCCGUCACUGCGUAUUCACUGUAUUUACACGACACAAGCAGCACCCAGUCCACACAGUGUGUGAGCGGUCGUCUCCUCCGCAGUGUCCUGGUGCUUCUCAUGUUGACUGACAGCUGCGCUAAACGCGGAUGCAACUACAAGGAAAUACUGGACUCGUACAGCGCUGUCAUCUUUGUUCAGCUGCACAAUCUGAAUUUGACAGAUUCAGUGAAGUCGUCCACAGACAGAGACCUGUGUCCCUCAGGAAAGGCUCGUCGCAUCCUGCUCUCCAUCUAUGCUCUGACGCAGCAGGUCAGGUGUCAGCGCGGCGCUCAGCAGCAGCAGCAGCGGCGGCAGCAGCGGCAGCAGCAGCAGCAGCAGCAGCAGCAGCAGCAGCAGCAGCAGCAGCAGCAGCACAGUGACGUGGAGGAGCCAGUGGAGAGCAUGGAGCAGCUCAUCGUUCACCACUGCAGCCCUGCUCAUCUGGGGAAGAGAGUGUCGUGUUCAUCCGUCAAGAAAAUACGAGGAAAGAAGCGAAAGAGGAAGAGGAUCAUCAAAGUCAUCGAAGCACUGAUCACGUGUUGGCAGAAACUUCAGAGUGUCUUCGCUCAGUCGACGUAGCUCACGUCGUCUUCCUGUAACCAUGGCAACACACGACCUGAGGUCUUUGUCCAGGGUUCUUUUAAAUGUUCAUCCUCAAAGAGUUCCUUGUUAUGCCUUGUCAACCACAGAUAAGCUGAAAAUACCCACAAUGCAUUGAACUAAUCUCAGAAAUGUCCAAGUUAACAACGUGUGUGUGUGUGUGUGUGUGUGUGUGUGUGUUGUUUCAUGUGUAAU